AUGAAUCCAAAACACCAAGAGGAAUCCCACGAUGAGGUUCCCACAGCUGUUACUUACCGAGUCUACAAACGACGAUUUUGGGGGCUGGCGCAGUUGGUUUUGUUGAAUAUCGUUGUCAGCUGGGAUUGGCUUACCUUUUCCUCUAUAUCCACCACUGCCGCCGAGUAUUUCCAAGUGUCCGAAAGCAGUGUCAACUGGAUGAGCACUGGCUAUCUCUUUGCCUUUUGUGCCGCCAGCCCCUUCGUGAUCGUGACCCUCAACAAAGGCGGUCCUAAACCCGCCGUCGUCACCACCUCUGCGCUCUUGUUAAUCGGAAACUGGAUCCGAUAUGCCGGAACAAGAGCGAACGGGGGGAUCUUUGGCCUCGUCAUGUUUGGACAAAUCCUCACUGGUUUCGCGCAACCAUUCUGUCUCAGUGCCCCGACAAGAUAUAGCGAUCAGUGGUUUUCAGAUCGCGGACGCAUCAGUGCGACGGCAGUGACAACCUUGGCUAAUCCUCUAGGUGCAGCGUUGGGCCAGUUGAUUGACUCGGCGUGGGCAACGAAACCUAGUGAGGUUCCUAAUAUGGUCCUAUACAUAUCGAUCAUUGCAACCGUUGCUUCGAUACCCUCAUUUUUCCUCCCUGCGAAACCUCCAACACCCCCCAGUGCAUCGUCAGUGACGACCAAAACGCCUCUGAUACCCACCAUCGCCCAAUUACUCAAAACCCUCGAGUUCUGGCUCAUCCUCAUCCCCUUCUCCAUCUACGUCGGUUUCUUCAACAGCGUCUCCUCCCUCCUAAACCAAAUCCUCUCCCCCUACAACUUCUCCGAGACACAAUCCGGCAUCGCAGGUGGCAUCCUCAUCAUAGUAGGCCUCAUCAGCUCCGCCAUCCUCUCCCCCAUCACAGACCGCUUCAAGCACUACCUCGGAACCAUCCGAGUCUUGGUCCCCAUCAUCACAAUCUCCUACAUUGCUCUCAUCUUCGCCCCGUCCAGUCCAGCCGGUAUCCCCCCGUCGUACGUAGUCUGUGGUCUGCUCGGUGCGUCCUCGUUCGCUCUCCUCCCCGUCGUUCUCGAGUUUCUUGUCGAAAUCACCUACCCCUUUUCUCCAGAGAUCGGGAGCACCAUCUGCUGGACUGGCGGGCAGUUACUCGGUGCCGUGUUUAUUCUCAUUCAGGACGCCCUCAAGGCUGGCUCGGGGGCUUCUCCCCCGCAGAAUAUGAAAAAUGCACUGAUUUUCUCCGCGGUGGUUUCGGUCGUGGCAGCGCCGCUUCCGAUCUGUAUUGGACUGUUUGGACGAGAUGUGAGACGGCGCCGGUUGGAUGCUGAUAGGGGCGUAGGAUUAGAAGAUGUUGUGGUUGGAUCUGACGACGACAGCAGUACGGGGUUAAAUCGUGGCCCUGCGGAUCGUGGCUCUAGCACGGUUGACACAGGCGUUGGUUCUUCCUCUACUCCGAAGGGGUUAUAA